AUGGCUGAUGUGGAAAGUGCAAAUAAUGCACCGCAGCCCGAUCGGCCGCGCAAAAGGCGCCGACGGACGAUGGCCUGUACGCAAUGUCGCAGUCGUAAACUGCGCUGCGACCGCGAAUAUCCAACAUGCACCCGUUGCUUGAAGAGCCGAACCCCGACCAAAUGCACCUACGAGGAUGGCUUCCUCUGGCAGCAGCCCACCACCGUAACUGCAGCAGCUUUCGCUGCGGAUCGAGGAAAUGGAAAUUCAAUCAUCUCCAUGCCUCCACGGCCGGAGCAGGCGGAGUUUAUUAAUAUUGAGACUCCCCCAGACUCGGGGCUCGGCGCAGCGUCGACUCGGUCGGAAGCUCUCCUUUCGACUGUUGCGCCCGAUUCGGGGCCAACUGCUCGUCUUCAGCAUGGUGGACCGCACCACAGGGGGCGGCAUUCGGGGAAGGAAAGGGGUUUUCUUGAGACCGUUUUGGGGGCUCCCAAGGCUGCUGUGAAUCAGGAGCCGUAUGUGAAUACGGGUGUUUUGCAACGACCGAAACGUCCCGCGCCGGAAGAGGGGACACCCUUCUCGUCGCGAAUGGACCAGGGAGAGGGUGAUUAUGGGGAAGUUGACGACAUGCUGUCUCCGUCACAUCAAUUGGAUCUUUCACCCCGCAUGAUGAUGAGAGGUCGUGAAACUAAGACUCGAUUCAGUGGGUCGGGCAUCUAUGCUAAUGUGGUCGCUCAGUUUCCUGACAUCAGAGCCUUUGCCGAAGAAAUUCGGCUGGCUAAUCCAAUUCUCUCACGGGUGCGCCCCGAUUUAGAGCGGGUUAAAAGGGGACUGUGGAAGCGCAAGCCGCUGAACGAGCCCUUUCCCGAGCCGACAAUUACUUCGCUUCUCUCGCUGCUACCAGCACGGCCUGUAGCCGAUGAGCUGAUAGGAAUCUAUUUGACGUACAUCGAGUCCACACAACGCAUCUUCCAUGUCCCUUCCUUUCUCCAAGAGGUGGAUGAGUUCUGGAAUAUGAUGGACAAUCCCAGUGCCAUCUCUGCCGGGUUUGUCGUGCAAGUGCUCUUGGUUCUCGCGUGCGCUUGGAAUCUGGCCGAUGUGGCUAGUCUACAAGAAAAGAGCGCCACGCCACUCAAAUGCUAUACCGCUGUGGAGUGGGUAUUGCAUGCAGAGAAGUGGAUUGACAGUGCACAUAUCAAGCGGCUGAAUGUAACUUCUCUGCGGCUCUAUAUCCUGCUGAUCAUGGCGCAAAAUUGCUUUGGCAUGAAACGCAGUCAAGCAUGGCUUGCCACGAGCGCAUUGGUGAAGCAGGCAAUGCUCUCUGGUUACCACAGGGAUCCAGACAAAUAUGCCCGAAUCUCGGUUUUUAAUAAGGAAAUGCGCCGGCGCAUCUGGAUGACCAUUGUGGAAUUGGACCUGCAGGUGGCUAUCGACCGAGGGAUGCCUCCGUCGGUUCAAACUUUGGAUUACGAUACGCUGCCUCCUUUGAACAUUGACGACAACAAUGUUCAUGAAGGCUCGACCGAGACCCCGGCAGACCGGCCGGUGAGCGACAUCACAGAUUCAUCAUUCCAAGUUGCACUUGGUCGGUCGCUAGCUCUUCGACUCAAAGCCUGCCAAUUGAUGCACUCGCCUCGGAUUAGUUGUCGUUAUGAAGAGAUCCAGCGUCUAGAUUGGGAAUUGAAUCGUCAGCUCUCUCGAAUCCCUCAAUGGACUACGACAGAGGCAAACGACCUCGUUACGCAGCACAAAGUCACAUUAUGGAAAGCCACCAUUGAGACAAAGUUGGCGCAAAGCCUACUCUCCAUCCACACCCCAUUCGCCAUCGAGUCACCGCGGGAACCGCUAUUCACACCCUCGGCGCGAUCUCGUCUGGAUGCCGCAACCAUGAUUUUAUCCACUCAGAAACGGCUUCACGAUACCCCCAAACCAUUGUCAUUAUGCAUGCUUGGUGAAGGGACGCUGCAAGCUUAUAUCUCGAUUUGCCAGGUUCUCCAUACCCUGGAUCAUCAGAACCCACCCUCCUCUCACCCCUCAUCCACAGUCUUCCUCCUACACACUCUACCCGGCCUCCCAGACUCCCUACUCUCCCUUGUCGAAACAGCACUUGUCUCCCUUGAGGGCCGCUUCCUAUUAGUGGUCAAGGGAGCCAAGGACUACUUCUUCCUAUCUACGAUCAUAGCCCUUGUCAAAGCGAAAAUCUGGCCUACUCAGGCAGUUAUGUACAAACAGCAAGUUGUCGAGCGAAUCCUAUCGUUUGCGCAGACGCUUUUCAACCGGCAUGCGAACUGCGAGCAUCUGGGGAAACCGGGAAUGGGUAGCUUCCAAAAUAAUCAGGUUGCCUCGUUCAUCGCGACUCCGGGUAUGGCAGCGAUGCUGCCCUCGGACUUUGAUGGCAUCUUCCCACCAACAGGACUUGGUGUUACGCCACCGGAUGAUUUUGAUCCUUUCUUGGAUGUCUUUGACUGGGAAGAUUUGACGGGAAUUGCCUUUGGCAAUUAG